CGCACGGUGAAGUCCACUCCGAUGGUGUUCUGCUGCUUCUCGAAGAACUGCCCCGUCUUGAAGCGGUGCACCACGCACGUCUUCCCCACGUUGGAAUCCCCGAUCAGGAUGAUCUUAAAGAGCAAGAAGACAAAAUGACCUAAGCACCAGCCAAACUUUGCUGCUGAGGCAGGAGCAGGGCCAUGGCUGUGCCUGGAAGCUCGCGGAGACAGCCUGCAAACAGAGGCCUGGUGUCCCAUUGCACUCACCAUCAUAUUAUUGUGUUCCUGCUGACCUUCUUCAGUUAUUCCUUGCUCCAUGCUUCCAGAAAGACAUUCAGUAAUGUCAAAGUCAGCAUUUCAAGCCAGUGGACUCCAUCCUGCCUAAACAGCACAACCUUUGAGGUCCGGCCAAAUGAGCUAUGGAACAGCAACCAUCUAUUUCCAAAUGCAGAAGAAGCAACUCUCUUCUUGGGAACAUUGGACACUAUUUUUUUGUUUUCCUAUGCUGUGGGUCUCUUUGUGAGUGGCAUUGUUGGAGACCGCCUGAAUUUACGUUGGGUUUUGUCUUUUGGCAUGUGUUCAUCUGCUCUGGUGGUAUUCUUCUUUGGCACACUCACAGAGUGGUUGCAUUUCUACAACAAGUGGUUCUACUGCUGUCUCUGGGUUGUGAACGGCUUGCUGCAGUCCACUGGUUGGCCCUGUGUGGUUGCUGUCAUGGGCAAUUGGUUUGGAAAAGCUGGGAGAGGUUUUGUGUUUGGCCUCUGGAGUGCCUGUGCAUCUGUGGGAAAUAUCCUUGGGGCAUUCCUUGCCUCCUGCGUUCUCAAGUAUGGCUACGAGUAUGCCUUCUUGGUGACUGCCUCAGUCCAGUUUGCUGGAGGAGUAAUCGUCUUCUGUGGGCUCCUGACUUCACCAAAGGAAGUGGGCCUUCCUGAGCUUGGAGCAGAUGGAGAAGGCAGUGUUGAGGAAGAUGCCAACAGACCUUUAAUGGGCGAUGAUGAUGCAGAUGACGAUGAUGGCAAUUACUCCAUUCAAGCAGCUGAUACUGACAGCCAGCCAAAGGCCAUCGGCUUUUUCCAGGCUUGUUGUCUUCCAGGUGUAGUACUGUAUUCUUUGGCCUAUGCCUGCCUGAAGCUGGUGAAUUACUCAUUCUUCUUCUGGCUGCCCUUCUACCUCAGCAACAACUUUGGAUGGAAAGAAGCAGAAGCUGACCAGCUUUCCAUCUGGUACGAUGUGGGAGGAAUCAUAGGUGGAACUAUCCAGGGCUUGAUUUCUGACGUGCUACAAAAGAGGGCCCCAGUGCUAGCCAUCAGCCUGCUCUUUGCUGUAGGCUCUCUCUUUGGAUACAGCCGUUCUCCUAAUAGCAAACCUAUCAAUGCUGUGAUCAUGGCAAUUACAGGAUUUUUCAUUGGUGGCCCUUCUAACAUGAUCAGUUCUGCAAUUUCUGCUGACCUGGGGCGCCAGGAUUUGGUGAGAGGCAGCAGUGAAGCUUUGGCAACGGUCACGGGGAUUGUGGAUGGAACUGGCAGCAUUGGUGCUGCAGUGGGCCAGUAUCUAGUGUCUUUGAUCCAAGAGAACCUGGGAUGGAUGUGGGUUUUCUAUUUUUUCAUUCUUAUGACGAGUUCAACCAUCCUGUUCAUUUCACCAUUAAUAGUGAGGGAGAUCAGACUGCUUCUGCACGAGCGGCGCCUGCGGAUGCUGGCUGAGUGACUUCUGCUUUCCUCCAGAAGGACUGUUGCCUGGACCUGAUGGCUGGGAUACUAAUCAGAUUCCUGGGAGACUUAUUGGUUACAUCUUCCAGGUUUGGACUAGUUCAAAAUGAUUCUGUGAGCUGUGCUUCGCCCGCCUUUGCGAGCUCAGUAUCACAGUACCAAAUACCUGUCCUGAGACCAUCCGCAUCAUGGAGCUGCUGCUCAGAGCUGGGCAAUCCGCAGGGCUGGUGGGUUGUCCCAGCUGGCCAGGCUUCUCCAUGCCAGCAGUCGCUUCGGAUCUGCUGUUGGGUGCUCUCACUGCUAUCCCCUUAUUUAUUUCUAGAUGUCCUGACUACAGGUCAGGCGUUUGAAACUGACAUUAGAGAGGCUGUCUCGCAAUGAAUUUCGAUGCUUUGUUGUGCUGGCGAAAGCAUACAGUGUAUUUCAUGGGUAGUUUCAAUUUACAAUCACUGUAGCUUUUAGAAAGGGCAAAAAUAUUUGGAAUUUGUGCUGUCCAUUUGUUUCAAAAAUCUUGUUGCUAAAUCUCUGCACAAAUGGACCUCUGUUGUCCCUGGCUAAUAACUGUCUCAUAUUCCAGCAGAUUUGCAUGGAGAGGUUAACUCCAUAUUUUAUUUUAUUUUUUAGCAUUUUUUAUUAAUAAUAUUACUACUAAUCUCUGGGAAAUGAGAUUUUGUUUUUUUAAUAUUUAAGCAGACAAACAGUGUGCAAUAUUUAGGUAAUAAUUUACAGUGAUCUCUGAGAAAAAGCCUUAACAGAUCCUUUGCCUCUGAAGGAACUUCCAACGGCUUUGGGGAUCAGCGAUGGGACACAAAUACUUUCACUACCAGGUUGUGUUUUGUACUUUGAUCAAUACUGACCAAAAUGGGAUUGUGCAGUGCCCCUCUGAAGGAAGCGAGUGUCGCUGAUUGUGUCCUUAUGGGGCAGCUACUUUCACCUCCAACAAGGGAUAAAUUGGAUGAAUUUAAGAGACCUGGCUGCUCUCAGACAAGAGCUUCCAGACAGGGACUGAAGCUUCCUCAUGGUGCAGUACAAGAAGCAAAUGCAGUUGUCUCUCCAUGUGGCUGCAUAAGGGAGCUUAUACUCCAGAGUUCUGAAGUUGAGUUGUAUGUGGGAGUUUAGAUGAGGUGAGUUCUAAAAUCAUGUGGCUGCACUUAGGAUGGGGGAAUUUGAGCAUUUCGCAGUACUGCAGCCAGCAGGAUGGCUGACUGACACCUCUGACACCUGAUGGUGAUAUUCAUGGGAUCACUGAAUAAGUUCUCAACAAAUUGUCUUCUGCUUUUGCCUUGGGAUGUUUGUGUGGUAGAUAAGUGUUAACCAGCAGAACUUUGAUCAAACACUCAGCCUAAUUGAAUGGUGAUGCCACGUGGGAGCCAGGGGCAGGAAAAUUCUUGAAACUGGGAAGUGGGAACUGUUUUUAAUGGGAAAAUUGCCUUUUUAACAUGUACAGUGAUUUGUUUGUUGUUUUUUUUUUUUAAUUUAUGAAUGUCAAUUUUCAGUCAUGUGAUGAUUGUAACGAGCAGAAUGUGAUUAGUGCCUUAUGGUUUUACUGUAUGGAACGGUUGCUUGGUGAUCGCUGCUCUUGCAGUGACAGCUCCAGGCACAGCUUUCCUCAUGCGGAGGCUCGGCUACUUCAUUUUUAUACUUCUUUUUAAAGUCUUUUUUUUUCCUGGUGGAAGUGAUUGUUGCCUUCUUUGCUAAUCCUCAAAAGGUGUCGGUGCUUGGGAAAAUGAUACCAUUAAUCUGACAGGGGACCUGAAAUUCUGUUCUUGUCUAUUCUCAUUCCCAUUCCAAUUUUGCCUGUAUAAUUAGAGCAGGGGACCGAGAAUCUAUCAUCAGGCUCUCACAAUUAUGCCCUGGGGUUGCUGUUCACGUCCCAAGCUACUCAUUAGCUCCUGUACAAAUAGAAUCAAAACUCCCUGAAACCGAGUUCCAAAAUUGAUGGUGGCACCAUUUGCCCCAGCCGUGCUGUCUGAGACGCUUGGUUUCAAAUUCCAGGCUGGAUGGGCUCUCUGACCGCUGCCCGGGAGCAAAAUAAGCUGCGAUGAAAGGUGGGGUGGGAAGGGGACGUCGCCGGGGGCGGGGGGUGGCAGCCCCUGGAACAAAUGGUUUCCUGUAAACAGCUCUGUCCCCUUUCCAGAAGUGUCAGAAGUGCUGUGAGCAGGCACAAGCUGCCCUGCAGCUCACAUAUAUGUGCGGUACUUCUCUGGGGCCCUGCCCUUAGCAAGGCCUUCCCUUCUCUUCAGCAUUUCGGUUGUAGUUGUCGUCCCGCCUUUGUGUCCUGUUUAUUUCUUCAAGGUGCUCAGAAGGAGAAAAGUUUUCAAUCUGAUAGUGCCCAAACCGAUCUCUCACCAAUAAACUUGCUUUGACUUGA